UGUAGUUUAUUUAGUUACUCACAGGCAGGGCCCUCAGUCCUCCGCCGACUCCUCGAUGGCCGUCACGCGGCGCUGGAUCCGCGUCUUGAGCUCGCCGGCGGAGUCGGCCUCCUCGGGCGAGAGGUCCUCGGCGUGCUCGAGCGCGGCGGCGAUGGUCUCGUGGAGGCCGGGCUGCUUGGCGGCGGCGGCCGUGAUCGCGGCCGUCGCGGCGGCGUUGUCGGCCGCGGCGGCCGCCUCCUCGGCGCGCGUCGCGCGGCGCUGGAGCACGCGGUCGUAGAAGCCCUUGGCCGAGCCCUCGGGCUUGGGGCGGCGGCGCGACUCGACGCCCGUGUCGCGGCGCUCGAGCGCCGUCGUCGCGCGGCGGAGCGCGCGCUUGGGGGCGGCCGCGGCCGUCUGCUGGCGGCGCAGCGAGGCCUCGCGGAGGUCCCUGAGCGUGCUCUCGAGGCUCGCGACCUGCGCCCUGAGCGCGGCGAGCUCGGCGGCGUCCUUGGGGGCCUGGCCGAGCGUCGCCAGCGCCCUGGCGGACUCGCCGAGCUUGGCCUGCACGUCGACCUCGAGGCCGUCCAGGAACUGGCCGAGCAGGUGCUUGGGGAUGUUGUGGCGCUGCGCGACGAGGUCGUCCUCCUCGUCCUCGUCCUGCGCGAGGAAGCGCGGGCUGUUGAGGUGCUGCUCCGUCGCGUAGAUGACGUAGCGCGCGUGCGUCUGGAAGAUGAGGCGGAUGAAGAAGGGCCCGCGCCAGGACUGGCCGUAGUGGUAGACCUCGCUCGUGCCGUCGUCGCGCUGCGCGUAGCCGAAGUUCUGGACCAUCUCCCAGAGCGUCCAGCCGAAGAUGGCCGCCGAGCACUUGAAGCGCUCCUUCUUGUUGAAGCAGACCGUGUGCGCCUCGCCGUCCUCGUCCUCCUCCUCGCGCUCGUCGAACUGCAUCGACACGACCAUGUUGCUGACGAUGGGGGGCAGGCCGAAGGUGUGCACGUGCCCGUUGUCGUCGAAGUAGCCGCUCCGCAUCAUGAAGUCGACCAUGAACGGGAAGACGCAGAAGAUCUCCAUGAAGUCCUCGUUCCCGUAGAACUCGGCCAUCGCGUCGGGGUCCGCCUUCGUGAUGAAGCGGUGGUCGUAGAAGUUGUCCGCCGACCCGAAGAAGUACUGGCCCGCCACGAGGCCGCCCGUGAGCACGCCCGCGCCGACCGCGACCUUCGCGCUGACCACGGGCUUCGCAUUGGUGGAGGCCCCGCGAUUCUGCGCCUGGCGCCGCCGGAAGGCCGCGCCGCCGGGCGUGAGGCUGUAGGCCCGCUGGCGGAGGGGCGCCGGCAGGCGGUUUGCCAGGCUGCGGAGCGCCAUGACGAUUAUCGGACAACACUUAUCGCAGUCCCACCAGGUUUUGUUAUGCCGCGUGCGCGUCGCGUGGCAACCAACGUGUGUGGUGUGGACGACCUGCGGCUUCGCUUAGGCGCGUCGGCCUACCACACGGUCCUUCGGGCCGCCCGGAAAGAUACCCUCGGACCGAAUAGG